GUUUGUGUUACAGUUGUUGGAGUAGAUGGUAUUACAGGAUUCUUUUCAAUGUUCUCAGUGAGAAGCUGUUUGAAUAACCUGGAGAGUGUGGGAUGGCUGAGAGUGUUUCUGCAAUGGAUGGCUCUGACGAGGAGGAAUAUUAUGAUGUAUCAGAUUCCUUCCCUGACCCGUGCUGUGAGGAAGGAAAGAGCACUCCAGCAGCACCACAGUCGGACCAUGUUCCUCUACCAGGGGAAGUAAGAGUUCUUAAUUCUGACCAGAAGACAGAUUCUCUUGGCUUUCCACCCACUGAAAACUCUGCUGGGUUUAGACCACACUUAGAUUACUCCUGUGAAAAACACAGCGGCAGUUUGACUGUUGAUGACUCCAGCCCUGUGAAGGUUGAUGGACUGGUCCCUGACACUGAGUAUACCUUCAGCAGCACAAGGAUUGCAGACAAUGCAAAUCAAAGUAAAGCAGCCUCGCUAUCUGUCUUCACAGUGAAACCUUUAUAUGUUCCCAUGGAGCCCAGCCCUCCUGUGCAGAUUACAGUCGACAAGGUCAGCAGGAAGUCACUGUCUCUGCAUUGGGACACCCCUGCUGGUGAAGUGGAGAGUUACAUUGUGACUUGUUGCAGUGAGGGAGACAGUGUGCAAGAGACAACAGACACAAACAAGAUGACAUUCAACAACCUGAAGCCAGGGGAGUGCUACUUUCUACUGGUUUCUACAAAACUUCGGAAUGGAAGAAUAAGCAAGCCAACUGUAACAUCUGCCAACACAAGUAAGUCAAAUAAAAUCAUUAUUGCAAGACAAUGUCAAAUAUGUUGA